CCCUGGUGGCUCCGGACUCUCCUUCCUGGUCCUGCGGGGCAGGGACUGUCCGUGGGGCUGCGGGAGGGUGCAGUGUGGCCCUGCCGGCCCAGGUGCUCCCGGCCUGGUUCCAUGGCCCUGGUCACAGUAAGCCGCUCGCCCCCGGCCGGCGGCCACUCCACGCCUGUGGGGCCCACGCAGGACCAGGUGUCCCAGCGCAGAAGCCGGCUCCAGCGAAGGCAGAGCUUUGCAGUACUCCACGGGGCUGUCCUGGGACUGCAGGAUGGAGGCGAUGAUGGAGAUGCAGCCAAGGCCAGCUCUGAGCCAGUGGAGGAACCCCCCGGGGAGGAGCAGCCCCACGGGGACCAGACAGACGACGGGCAUGGGCCCCACAGUCCCAGGAAGCAGGAACAGAGUCAGCAUCUGCGCCUCAUGGUGGGGCUGCUAAGGCCACAAGACGACAUCCGCCUGGCAGCCCAGCUGGAGGCGGCCCGGCCCGCCAGGCUCCGCUACCUGCUGGUAGUUUCCACAAGAGAACGUCUGAGCCAGGAUGAGACAGUCCUUCUGGGUGUGGAUUUCCCUGAUAGCAGCUCCCCAAGCUCCCCCAGCUGCACCCUAGGCCUGGUCUUGCCUCUCUGGAGUGACACCCAGGUGUACCUAGAUGGAGACGGGGGCUUCAGUGUGACAUCUGGUGGGCAGAGUCGAAUCUUCAAGCCAGUAUGCAUCCAGACCAUGUGGGCCACGCUCCAGGUGUUGCACCAGGCAUGUGAGGUGGCUCUAGGCAGUGGUCUUGUGCCAGGGGGCAGUGCCCUCGCCUGGGCCAGCCACUACCAGGACAGACUGAGCUCUGACCAGAGCUGCCUCAACGAGUGGAUGGCCAUGGCUGACCUGGAGUCUCUGCGGCCUCCCAGCAUCGAGCCCGGCCGGGCCUCGGGACAGGAACAGAUGGAGCAGGCGAUCCGGGCUGAGCUGUGGGAGGUGCUGGACUCCAGUGACCUGGAGAGCGUCACUUCCAAAGAGAUCCGCCAGGCCCUGGAGCUGCGCCUGGGAUGCCCUCUCCAACAGUACCGCGACUUCAUCGACAACCAGAUGCUGCUCCUCAUGGCCCAGCAAGACCGGGCGUCCCGCAUCUUCCCGCACCUCUACCUGGGCUCAGAGUGGAACGCAGCGAACCUGGAGGAGCUGCAGAGAAACAGGGUGAGCCACAUCUUGAACAUGGCCCGCGAGAUUGACAACUUCUACCCCGAGCGCUUCACCUACCACAACGUGCGCCUCUGGGAUGAGGAGUCGGCCCAGCUGCUGUCCCACUGGAAGGAGACGCACCGCUUCGUGGAGGCUGCAAGAGCGCAGGGCACCCGGGUGCUGGUCCACUGCAAGAUGGGCGUCAGCCGCUCGGCCGCCACGGUGAUCGCCUACGCCAUGAAGCAGUACGGCUGGAGCCUGGAGCAGGCUCUGCGCCACGUGCAGGAGCUGCGGCCCAUCGCCCGCCCCAACCCCGGCUUCCUGCGCCAGCUGCAGACCUACCAGGGCAUCCUGACUGCUAGCCGGCAGAGCCAUGUCUGGGAGCAGAAAGUGGGUGGGGCCUCCCCAGAGGAGCCCCUGGCCCCCGAGGUCUCUACACCGUUCCCACCUCUUCAGCCAGAACCCGGGGGCAGUGGGGAGCUGAAUGUGGUGGGGUUGGAGGAGAGCCAGGCAGCCCCAGAAGAAGAGCCUGGGUCACGGCCCCGUAUCAACCUCCGCGGGGUUAUGAGAUCCAUCAGCCUCCUGGAGCCAUCCUCAGAGCUGGAAAGCACCUCAGGGGACGGUGACCUGCCAGAGGUUUUCUCUCCAAAGGAGCUUUCAGAUGAAGACACUCCACAGCCCUUCCCUCAGCUCUCAAGCGCCAAGGGAGGCCAGCAGGCCCGCAAGGGGCCUUGGCCUGCCCUGAAGUCCCGCCAGUCUGUGGUUGCCCUCAACAACGCCGCCCUGGUGGCCAGCCGGACCCGGGCCUUCCAGGAGCAGCGGAAGGCUGGCUGUCCGUCCACACCCAGGCACCAGAAGGUGGUGAGGCAGGCCAGCGUGGAUGACAGUGACGAGGAGGGCGAGGUGUGAGCCCACACACAUUCCCACGCCCCCCCUAGACACAAACAGAGGCGCCGGAACACAGCUCCUGGGAUGAGCACCCCUCACUCCUGUCGGCCUGUCCACGUUCCUCUUAGCUCCUCCCCAGGAGGCCCCAGACUCCCGUCACUACAGCCUCAGCACCUACAGCCUUAAGUCUCAGACCCAUGUCCACCUGUCCAAGGGCUCAAGAUUUCCUCCACAUCUGGGGAUGUGGUAGAGAGACUGAAGGUGCCUUUGGGGGCAACAGUACCCUAGCUUCAUUCUCAACUGCUGCCUGAAACACACACUUGCAGCCAUGGAAUAAAAAACAGAGUUUCUCAGUGCAGAAA